AUGGCGGCCGCGGCGCCGCGCACGUGCCCCUGGCUCCGCCGUGUCAGGCCGGGCGCGCGCAGGGCCGCACGCGCACGCGUGACGUGGUGGCAGGGGGCGGGGCCAUGGCGCAGGCGCGCGAGGCGCCGCCGCGGCUCAGCUGGGCUUCCCCCUCUCAUUCCCUCCUCCUCCUUCUUCCCCCUCCCCUCGCGGGUUCCGAACUCGGCACCAUCCGGGUCCCCCUUCCCCCGGGGCCGGGCCCGCGCCCGGGCCCCAGCCCUCACCUGGCGCCCGCUGCUCGGCGCGACCGGCCUGCGCGACCCCGUGCGUAGCCCGCUCCCUCCGUGCUGCCCGCACCAGGCAGCGGCGGUGGCACCGCACAGCGCCUGCUCCCCUCAGCGCGGCGGCGGCUCCUUCCGCUUCCUUCCCCUCCCCCUCCAGCCGCUGCGGCGGGGACCCACUCCCUGCAGCUCCGCCUGCUGGCAGAGGGCGGAGGCGGCUUGCCCGGCGUGCCCGCGGCGUCGACUGAGGGGCGGACUGCUCCCCCCCGCCCCGGGGGCGGGGGCCCAACAGCGUCGCUCUCCGGCAUGCCCCGAGGGGCGGGCCGGCCCUGCCAGGUGGCUGGGGAGCACGGGGCGUGCUCCAGUGCGCCGGGGCAGGUGUCUGGCGGGGCGCCCUGACGGCCGUAGCUCCCCGUGCCUGACCAGGGCAGAUGGCUGGGGCGAGAGACUACAGCCCGGCCUGAAGCGGCACCCGGCGGCUAUGAGCGUUCCUGCCGUGCCGAAUAACCCCGCUGCCGUCCCGCCUGCUGCUAGCUCCGGCGGGCUGCGCUGGCGUCCAGCCGCGCCACUGCCUGCAAAGAUAGCAGCCGGCCAGCGACGGUGACUUGCAGGUCCUAGGAUCUAGUGGCUACCUCUAGAAGUCGCUGCGACUGCCUUCACGGCCAGUUAUGGGCAUUAGGUCUAUUUUGUUCAUGGCUUCGACACUCCUGAUUUUCUCACUUCAACCAGUGCCUCGGGAACAGGCACCGUAGAGUACGCCAGCCCUCCAGCUUGAUUAAAAAUUAAGCACACUUCCACAUUUCUUCUUUUUCUCCUGUUUUUAUUGCAGGCUAGUCCUCUGCUAACGUGAUUACCAAGAGUUACUAUUUAAUACCUAUUUUAAAGCCUGUGCAAUAGGAGAUGGGUUAGCACUCUGCUACUACACAGAGGGAGAGUAACUACUGUGUACCUCUUAUUACCCUUCUGACUUUUUUUUUUUCUGGCGUAGGCCGUUUAUAAU